AUGGAAAAUAACAAUUGUGGAGCAAGUCUAAUAUUGAAUCCAGAAAUAGCCAGUGCGCUGAAUGAUAAUGAAGAACACGAAUUAUCGACUUGUAACGAAGAAUUUGAAAAUCAAGAAGAGAUUCAAAAAAUUUUGUGUAAUGCAUUUGAUGACGAUGAUCAAGAGUUUCAAGAUGACCAAGAUUCUGUCAGCGACAUCUCAAAUAGCGAUGAGAAGGAUCAUUUGUCCUCGAAUCAAAGAGAUGUCUUUAAUCAGUAUAAUCAGCUUGCUUUUUCAACUCCAGCAACGAUAAAUCCACCAAAUUUGACCACACCAGAUUCACGAGAACGAUAUUCAAAUGGUGUUGAUUGUAUUAUUAUGAAUACAGUUUUAAACAAUUUAAAAAACAAAUGUGUUGUUGGUAGUUUUGGAAAUCGUAUGCAAUACAACAGUGAAGGUGCGGAAGAACAACAACCUUUACUUGAUCCAUAUUUCAAUGAUGAAUCAAGAUGGCAAUUAUUGAAUAUAAAAUAUAAUCAAUUGUCAGACGAGAAUAUGACUAUACGGAAUCGAAUUUUUUUUUUAGAAAAUGAACUUGAAAGAAGUGAAUAUUUAAAAUUACAAUUACAAAACAAAUUGACAUCGGCAGAAUCAUUAAUUGAAUCGUUGCACAAAAAAAUACAUGAAUUAAAACAACUGGAUAUACUUGGAUGUCAACAAGAAAGUUUUGAUCAAACUAUUACUGAGAUGAAUGCAAAACAUGAACAUGAAAUUAUGAGACUAAAAGAAAAAUUAGAAACAUUUGAAAUAAUGUUAAAUGAAAAAGAUCGGAAAAUCGAUGAUUUUGUUUUGAAAUUAGAAUUGGCAAAUAAAACAAAUGAAACUACUUUACUUGAACGUACCGAUAUCAUCAAUAAUCUUGCGCAACAAUUAACCAGUUGUCAAGAACGAUAUAACGACUUAAUGAAUGAAAAUAAUAAACAAAUUCAUUUGAGAGAACAAUUGCAACAAUUGAAUAGUGAAAAGAACAAAGCUGAACAACUAUGCAAUACUCUACAGAUUGAAAUUCAACAAUUAAAAGAAAAAUUACAAGCAAAUGAAGAUUUGUUUAAAAUUAAAAAUUUUACUCAUGUAGUAGAUUACAGCAAUACAGCGAGUUCUAUUCCCGUAUCAGUGGCAAAUGAUGAUCAUUCAUUCAACAGCAAUAACAUGUUGGUAGAAAAUGAAAAACUUCGUCAACGAAUCGAUGAACUAUUAUUGAAUAAAGAACAUCUAAUCAAGAUUAAUGAUAAAAAUUAUGAAAAACAUAUUGAAGAACUGAAUAAUGAGUAUCAGGAGCGCUUAAAAGAAAAAGAUUGUUUAUAUCAUGCACAGAAGCUACAAUCAAUCCAUGAACUAACCGAAAAAUAUGAAAACGAAAAAUUUUUAAGAAAUAUUGAACAUGAAAAAUUAAUUAAUAAAUUGAAUGAUGAAUUAUCAGAUGUAUGUGAUAAAAAACAAAAACACUCAGAAGAAUUAAAACAACAGAUUAAUAAAUUAACGAACCAACGAGAUGAUUACGAAGUUAAGUUAAAUUUGGUUUUAAUGGAAAAUAAAUUACUUAAAGAAGAAAAUAGUGAAUUAGUAAAUGAGUUAAAAGAACAACAAGACAAAUUGACAAUUACUCAUCAAAAAAAAAGAUGCGUCGAAUCACAAACGGAUAUUGAUCAAGUCGUUUAUGUUGAAUUAUUGGAAUUGCGCAAUAAAAAUGAUCACUUAUUAAGUGAAAUACAACAAGUAGAAAUUCGAUAUAAAGAACGGCUAGAAGAAAAUAGAUUUUCAAUCGAAAGAUCUGAUAAUGUCAUUGUUAAUCAACAAAGAGAAAUUGAUCAGUUGAAACAACAGCUUGAACAGCUUGGACAAGAAAAACAAGAUUUAGUAGUUAAACAACAACGAGUAGUUGAUAUUCAGAUGGAAACGGUAGAGAGUGACAAAGUUCGACUAUUACAAUGUGAAAAUGAUGAAUUGUUAAAUAAACUUGUUUCAACUGAAAGUAAAAUUAGACAGUUGAUUAACGAAAGCAAUGAUUAUAAAUUAAAACUGAAUAGUAAACAAAUGGAAAUAAAUAGUUUAAAAUUUGAUUUAGAAAACUUUAAACAUGAUGAAACGAUUCUGAAAGACCAACAACAAGAGAAGAAUGAAUUAGAACCCAUAAUAAAACAACGUGAUCAAUAUUAUGCUGAAUUAUGUAAAAUGCGGGAUGAUGGAAAUGUUUUAAAACAACAAAUGAUUGAAAGUUUUCAAUUGAAAGUAAACAGUUUGAAACAAUUUGCAACAAAAAAAGAAUAUGAAUAUAAACAAAAAUUAGACUUGAUGGAAAAUGAAUACAUGAAUCAAUAUGAGCAAAUGUUGUCAACAACUAAACAAUCGAUACAAACAAUAAUGGAUCUUAAACAAGUGGAAUUUACAAAAGAAAAGACUCAAUUGAUAGAUGAGUACGAGAUGAAAAUUACUGCUCUCCAACGACAACUGAGUAGUGAUGAACAGAAAAGAGAAAGUAUUGUGCGUAAUUUGAUUCAAGGAAAAGAACAUGAAUGGGAACAAAAGUUCAUUUUAUCUGACAAUGAGAAAAAAGUGUACGAAAAGAAGAUUGCUGAAUUAAAUCGAAUAAUUAAACAGUUGAAACGUCAAUUAGAAAAAAGCGAACAAGAGCAUCAACGUUCUCUCGAAGCUGAACAAUCGAAUCAUGAAAAAUUACGUGAAACAAUUAUAUCAACAUUAAACAAACAACAUGAAAUGAAAUUAGCAGAACAAAAAUUUGAAUUUGAACGUUUGUUAACACAUCCGGCUAAUAAACUCCAUUUUACAUCGUUAUUAGACGAAACGAAACAAAAAAAAAAUCAUGAAAUUCACAUAUUAUACGAUCAAAUAUCGAAACAGAACGAACAACAAAUUAUUUUGAUCGAUGAACAUCAAAAACAAAUUGAGCAAUUAAAAUGCAAUUAUGAAAAACAUUAUUCAUAUUUAUUAAAUGAUUGGAAAUCGUACAAUGAUGAGUUACGCAUUGACAAUGAGAAAUUAAAACAAAAAUUACAAGAACAUGAACAAACAAUAAUUAGUUUAAAAUAUGAGAUAACCAAUUUGAAACUUCAAGAUUUACAACAGUUUAAUGAUUUGUCAAAUCCAAAAUUGUUGAAUCAGAGUAAAAAUUCAUAUUGUAACAAACUUUGA